AUGUGCGUGAGUGUUCAUGCAGCACUGGAAAUGGUCUCGGAAUCGAUGAGAGACCUCUUCAAACAUCCUCAGUUCAAAACAAAUCACGUCAUACUGCCCAGUCUACAGUUGGUACAAAGUGUAAAAGGUAAGAAGAGCCAUCUUUCACUGAGAGUCAUUUCACUCCUAAAACCUAUGGCCUAG